AUGGAGAGCGCCGCGGCCCGCGAGGCCCGGGGGGCCGAGGCCCCGCGCCCGCCCGCGCCCGCGCCCGCGCCCGCCGAGCCCCCCGCCGCGCCCCGCGCCCGCCCGCGCCUGGUCUUCCGCACGCAGCUGGCGCACGGCAGCCCCACCGGCAAGAUCGAGGGCUUCACCAACGUCCGCGAGCUCUACGCCAAGAUCGCCGAGGCCUUCGGGAUCGCGCCCACCGAGAUCUUGUUCUGCACCCUGAACAGCCACAAGGUGGACAUGCAGAAGCUCCUGGGCGGCCAGAUCGGCCUGGAGGACUUCAUCUUCGCGCACGUGCGCGGCGAGACCAAGGAGGUGGAGGUGACGAAGACGGAGGACGCCCUGGGGCUGACCAUCACGGACAACGGCGCGGGCUACGCCUUCAUCAAGAGGAUCAAGGAGGGCAGCAUCAUCAACAGGAUCGAGGCCGUGUGCGUGGGGGACAGCAUCGAGGCCAUCAACGACCACUCCAUCGUGGGCUGCCGCCACUACGAGGUCGCCAAGAUGCUCCGCGAGCUGCCCAAGGCCCAGCCCUUCACCCUGCGCCUGGUGCAGCCCAAGAGGGCCUUCGACAUGAUCAGCCAGAGGAGCCGGAGCAGCAAGUGCCCCGUGGAAGCAAAAGUGGCCAGCGGGCGGGAGACCCUGCGGCUCCGCUCUGGGGGCGCUGCCACAGUAGAGGAAGUGCCCAGUGAGUUUGAGGAGGAGGCCUCUCGGAGGGUGGAUGACCUGCUGGAGAGCUACAUGGGCAUCCGGGACCCAGAGCUGGGUAAGGGGCCAGGCGUCCACCAUGGUGGAGACGUCCAAGAAGACAGCGAGCGUUCAGGAGUUUGCACGCCGUUUAGACUCCGUCUUGGGCGAGUUCGCCUUCCCGGACGAGUUUGUGGUGGAGGUGUGGGCGGCCAUCGGGGAGGCCAGGGAGGCCUGUGGCUAAUUUGCUCCGGGGCCGAGCGCAGCCCCAGUCCGGAGCCCAGUCCCCUGCCCCAGCCCUGCAGGCUGGUUCCUGAAGCCCAGCCCUGCUCCAGAGCCCAGCCCAGAUCCGAGGCCCAGCCCCCCUCCAGAGCCCAGGUCACCUCUAGAGCCCAUUCCAGUCCCGAGACCAAGCCUAGAUCUGAGGCCAAGCCCUGCUCUAGACUCCAAGCCAGCUCUGAGGCCAAGUUCAUCUCCAGAGCUUCAUCUGGUUCUGAGACCCAACCCAGCUCUAGAGCCCAGGCAAGCUCUGAGACCACGUUCAACUCCAGAACCCACACCAGUUCGGAGGCCAAGCCCAGCUCUGAAACGGAACCCGGCUCUAGAACCCAGCUCACUCCCGAGACCAAGCCCAGCUCUGAGAGCAAGCCCUGUCCUCGGUCACAGGCCAGCUCUGAAGCUAGGUUCGUCUCUAGAACACAAUCCAGUUCUGAGACCCAACCUAGCUCCAGAACCCAGCCCAGUUCCAAAACCCAGCCCACCUCCAGAACCCAGGACAGCUCGGAGGCCAAGCCGAGCUUUGGCAUUAAGUCAAGUUCCGGGACCCAGACAAGUUUUAAGAGCCAGGCCAGCUCUGCGGUCAAUGCCAGUAUCGGAAGCCAGCCUGGCUCUCUGACCAAGCCCUGCCAUAAAACUCAGCCCGACUCUGGAACCCAAGAUAGCUCCGUGAUACUGCCAGGCCUGGACCCCCCGUUUAGCUCAGGAACACCAGUUAGCUCUGAAACCCAGGUGAGGUUUAAGAAUCAGCCCAACUACAGAAGCCACUCCAGCUUAGGAUUCAAAGACAGCUCCCAAACUCAACCCUAUUCACGGACCCAGACCAGCUCAGGAACCCAGGUGCAUGUGGCAGGUCAGCCCAGGUCCCAACCCUGCUCUAAAACUCAGUUUCACUCAAGUCUCCGCCCCCAUUCUGGGGCCCAGUUCAGCUCCAGCGAGGAGUCCAGCUCGGAAACUGAGCCCAGCUCUAGAUCCCAGCCUAGUGCUACAGCCAGGCCCGUCUCUAGAACUCAAACGAGCCCUGGGACCUCAUCCAUCUCCGAGGUAAGGCCUGUCUCCACAACCCAGCUUGAUGCUGGGUCCCACUCUCACUGCAGUACGAAGACCAGCUCUAGAACCCCUUCCAACUCCGGGGCCCAGACCAGCUUCAAGGACUGGCCAGUUUCCAGAGCCCAAUCCAGAGCAGGCACCCAACCCAGCUCUAGAAAUCAACUCGGUUCUGGACCUCAGCCUGUCUCUGAAAUCUCACCGAGCUCCAACACACAGCCCGGUGCCGAUGCCGAGUUGAGUUCCAGAAUCCAGCUAAACUCUAGUGCUGGGACCCAGACCAAUGCAAUGACAGACGUAAGCUCUAAGAGCAGGCCCAGCUCCAGGACCCAGGCCGGCCUGGCUCAGUCAACUUCUGGGACUCAGCUCACCUCUAGAGUCCAGUUCAGCUCUGGGACUCAACUCAACUCUGAAACCCCCACCAGUUCAAGAACACAGCCCAGUUCUGGAACCCACCUAAGUUCUAGAAUCCAGCCUAUUUCCGGAACUAAGCCCAACUUCAGAACCCAGACAAGUGCUGGAGGCCAGCUUGGUUCUGAGACCAAGCCCAGUUCUGGGGCCCAGACCAGUGCAAGAAUUCAACCCAGCUCUGGAGCUCAGCUCAGCUCUAGAACCCAGUCUAGCUCUGAGACCUGGCUGAGCUCUGAAACUCAGCUCGGCUCCAGAACCCAUCUUAGUACCAGGAACCAGGUGAGCUCUGAGAGCCAGCCCAGCUCUGGCACCCAGACCAGUUCCAGAACCCAGACCAGUUUUGGAACCCAGCUCAGAUCAGAGACUCAGCCCAGCUCAGACACCCAGCCCAGCUCUAGAGCCCUGACCAGUGCAAGAAUCCAGCCCAGCUCUGGAGCCCAGCUCAGUUCCAGAUCCCAGCCCAGCUCUAGGACUCAGUUCAGCUCUGAGACUCAACCCAGUUCUGAAACUCAGGCCAGCUCAAGAAUACAGCCCAGCUCUGGAACUCAACUCAGUUCCAGAACCCAGCCUGUCUCUGGAACCCAAGCCAGUUCCAGAACCCAGGCCGGUUUUGGAACCCAGCUCAGAUCGGAGACCCAGCCCAGCUCAGACCCCCAGCCCAGCGCUGGAGCCCAGCUCAGUUCCAGAACCCAGCCCAGCUCUAGGACUCAGUUCAGCUCUGAGAACCAGCCCUGUUCGGAAAUCCAGCCUGGUUUUAGGACCGAGCCCCACUCUGGAAUCCACCAUAGUUCUAGAAGCCAGCCUGUUUCUGAAACCCAACCCAGCUCCAGAACCCAGACCAACUUAGGAGUCCAGCUCAGCUCUAGGAAGGGGCCUCGCCCCCAGACCCCUGGCCUUGACCCUGGAACCCAGUCUGAUCCCACUCCUCCAGCCCGACCUCAGCCCCCAGACCCACCACCAAGAGCCCCAACGCCGGCCCCCAGCAAAGUCUCCCAGCCUCAACCUCAGCCCGAUGAUCUGGUACGUGGAGCCCAGGCCAACACCGACAGAAGCCUACCGACACCCCACCGGGCCCCAAAGCCACAGGCCCCCUUGACUCGCCAGAAACCAGCCCUUCUACCUAAGCCCCAGCUGGGACCCCAUAAGUCCAUGCCACCCACCACAUCUGUCACCCCUAGUGCUGCCUCCAGGGUGGCCCUCCUUCGGGCCCAGCUCCUUGAGUCCUCAGCUCAGGAGCCUGCCCACUCCCCCAUGCGCAGGGAGCCAGGAACUGCUCUGCAGGGGUCCGAGCCCCUCCCCCACCACAAGGAGCCAUAG